AUGGGAGACACACUUCUUACUGCUCUAUCAAUAGAAAACCACCAUCCUUCCACCAUUCUAUCCAUGGACUCGAGCGCCUCGUCAUCACACGACGAGCUCGACCUCGAGAUGAACCGCCAGCUCAUCCUCACCCGCCCGCCCGACAUCAACCUUCCCUUCUCGGCCGAGCAGAGCCCCACCCCUCGUCUUUGGAACCCUGACCAUUGUGACAUUCUCGACGUGGGGCUGAGCACCCAAAUAUACGAGACCGAGAGCUUUCUAUCAGUCCCCAAAACGGGCCGUAAGUGCGCGAAACGGGCCGACAGCAUAUGGGGCGCCUGGUUUUUCUUCAGCUUCUACUUCAAGCCCGUAUUAAACGAAAAGUCGAAGGGCAAGAUAAUCCGGGAUGGAAAUGGGAUCUCCGGUUUCGAAAAAUCCGACCUCAAGCUCGAAACUUUCCUUGUCCAGCACGAUAUGGAGAACAUGUACAUGUGGGUUUUCAAGGAGAGGCCAGAAAACGCGCUCGGGAAAAUGCAGCUGAGGAGUUACAUGAACGGGCACUCGCGCCAGGGCGAACGGCCUUUCCCCUUCAGUGUCGAUAAAGGAUUCGUUCGCUCGCAUAGAAUGCAGAGGAAACAUUACAGAGGACUUUCCAAUCCUCAGUGUGUGCAUGGAAUCGAGGUUGUCUCGUCUCCUAAUCUCACAAAGGAUUUUUUCUCGAAUGAUGAAGAGUGUUAUCUGGCAGUGACUAACGGUCAGGAUCGAAUCAUUCCGGAUUUGGAAGCUGUGCCUUACGAGCCGAACUGGUUGAAUGAAUUUAGCGGUGUUAUGAGAAACGUUUAUGGGCCUGUUACGGCAGCUAAGACGAUUUAUGAAGAUGAAGAGGGUUAUUUGAUCGUGAUUAGUCUGCCGUUUGUGGAUCUACAGAGGGUGAAAGUUUCUUGGAGGAAUAUGCUAACGCAUGGGAUUAUUAAGGUUUCUUGCACGAGUACAUCUCGUACUCCCUUUAUCAAGAGGCACAACAGGACUUUUAAGCUCACCGACAGGUCAUCCGAGCAUUGCCCGCCUGGUGAGUUUGUGAGGGAAAUUUCUCUUUCAACUCGAAUACCAGAAGAUGCAAAGAUCGAAGCUUAUUAUGACGGGGCCGGGACAGUGCUCGAGAUAUUGGUGCCUAAAUUGGGGGAAGGUCCGGAAGAACACGAGGUUCGCGUGUGUUUACGUCCGCAUCAUAAUGAGGUUCGUGUGCCGAUUGGUUUUGCGAUGUGUAUAAGAAAUAAAAUUUACACGGCAACCCAUAACCCUAACUGCGGACCAGAAACCAAGACUUCAACCGCCAAACCCGUACAGAGUGCGGCCCUGCCUCUUGAGAGCGUAGACGACAUCCAUGGCCGUCACCGUCUUCCGGCGGGCGUGCUCGGUGUAGGUCACGGCGUCACGGAUGACGUUCUCGAGGAAGAUCUUCAGAACGCCGCGCGUCUCCUCGUAGAUGAGGCCGCUGAUGCGCUUCACUCCGCCACGGCGGGCCAGGCGGCGGAUCGCCGGCUUGGUGAUGCCCUGGAUGUUGUCCCUCAACACCUUACGGUGCCGUUUAGCUCCGCCCUUGCCGAGACCCUUUCCGCCCUUUCCACGGCCAGACAUUUUUCUUCUUCUCAACUAAAAUCAAGAGAGGGAUUUUUGCUUUUCUGCCUAUUGAGCUGUACUGGUGAAGCGGAAUAUAGGGGGCAGUUUAUAAAGGAGACGAAUGGAGAAUGA